AUGGUCAAUAGAAGAGAAGCUGUCAAUGUUGUUACAUCCACUAUAACGAGUUUAAUUGAUGACAAUUUUAAUGAGACUGAAGAAGAAAUGUCUGAAACUGAUGUGUCUAGUAGUGAUGUAUUUGAAAGCGAUGUGUCUAAUAGGAUAAGAGUUUAUUUAGAUGGUUUAAACAUUGAUGAUAUAGAAGUAGGUGAAUUGUGUGAUAGUGAUGAUUCUAGAAGAUUAGAUAGUGCACAUAAAUCUGACUCAAAUGCCCAAAAUUGGCCUGAGUUCAACCCAGAGAAUGACUUGAGUAAUCCUAGACUUAAGGUUGGAAUGUUAUUUAAGUCUAAAGACAGUCUAAAAGAAGCUUCCAAGCAGAGGGCUAAACCUAGGGCAUUGGAAUUAAUUGAAGGAGCUCAUAAGGCUCAAUAUGAGAAUAUUUAUGAGUAUUUGUUGGAGGUAUGCAAAGAUGGCUAUAGGGAUGGUUGUAGGAGGAUAGUAGGUUUAGAUGGAUGUUUCUUGAAGGGCUACUAUAGUGGCUACUUACUUGCAACUGUUGGGAUAGAUGCAACUAAUGACAUCUAUCCUAUUGCAUAUACUGCUGUUGAAAAAACAAGACGCUAUGUUAGACACCUACAUGCCAAUUUCAAUUUAGCUGGUUUCCGAACAAAGGAAUUGAAAGAUUCGCUUUGGAAAGCUUCUAGAGCAAGCACUCCAAAAGAUUUUGAGGAUGUUAUAGAUGAACUGAAGAAAACCAAUAAGCAUGCUUAUGAUUGGUUGAAGGAAAAGAACCCUACUCACUGGUCAAGAUCUCAUUUCUCAAUUAGGAGCCAUUCUGACAUGUUGGUGAAUAAUCUUUCUGAAUCAUUUAACAAGAUGAUAUUAGAAGCAAAAGAGAAACCUAUUUUGACCAUGAUGGAAACAGUAAGGACUAAUAUUAUGUUGCUGAUUGUCAAGAAGAAAGAAGAAGCUGAAAAAUGGAAAGGAAUGUUGUGUCCAAAGAUCAGGAAAAAGCUAGAUGUCAAUAUCAAAGACUCAUUGAGGUGUGUUUCAUCACAUGCUGGUGGGAAUAGGUAUCAGGUUGAAUAUGGUCCAAACAAUCAGUAUGUGGUGAACCUAGUUGAGAAUUCUUGCUCCUCCAGGAAUUGA